AUGUCCGUGCGGCCGCCCAAUUGGCGUCCGCCGCCGCCGCCGCCGCGCCAGCGGCCAAAGACGCAAAAAUCGCGGAGCAAGCAAAACAUCGUCACGGAGACCUGGGCCGAGGCGAGCGCCGCCGUGGAGACCGUGGAGCCGCCGCCCGUCGACGCGCCGGACACGGACGAGGCCCGAGCCGCGCUGCUGGGCGACGCGGAGACGCGCGAGAGCGGCGGCUCCGCGGCGGGGUCGGCGUCGACGGCCGACACCGCGGCCGUGCCGCGCGACGCGGACCUGUCGGCGCGCAGCAGCGCGGCGGAGGAGCCCGCCGCGGAGCCGUCCGCCUGCGCGGCCGCGACGGAGGCGCCGCCGGAGCCCGCGGACGAGCCCUCGGACGACGCGGACGAGCCGGCGCCGGCCGCAGAAGCGACGGAAGCGGCGGCGACGCCCGCGGCGGGAGCGCCGAUUUUCGAAGCGGCGCCCGUGGUGGCGGAGGCGGUGGCGGACGCGCUGGAGCCGAUUUUGGAAGAAGCCGCGGCGGAGCCGGUUUUCGCAGCGGAAGCCGCGGCGGAGCCCGCGGCCGAAGAAGCGACGACGACUGUAACUUCAGAGCCCGUCGUCGCCGCAUCGGAGCCCGUCGCGACAGAAGCACCGGAGCCCGUCGUGGAAGAGUCGCCCGUCGUCAUCGCGCCGCCGCCGGAGCCCGUCGUCGUCGCCGCUCCGCCGGCGAUUUUGGAAGACGCGCGGGUGUCGGAGGACGAGGCGCCGCCGCCGCCGCCGCCGCCGCCGCUCCAGACCUCGACCCCCCCGACUCAGAGGCGCGCGAAGCUCCGCCGCGGCAGCUGCCCCGCGUUCCUCGAGAGCUCGCGGUCCAUGGACGAGGGCGAGGCCGUCGCGCCCUUCGGCGAGGAGCGCGAGCGGACGACGGCGGCGAUCCUCAUCCAGAGCGAGGGCCGGCGGCGGCUCGCGGCGCUCGACGCGCGCGCGCGCCGCCGCGACGUGCGCGCGCGCGCGACGGAGGUGCUCGCGGCGACGCUGCGCGUGCAGUGCGCGUCGCGGCGCGUGACGAGCCUCCAGCGGCGGCGGCGCCUCGAGGAGCACCGGCGCGCGCAAGCCACGGUCGUCGCCCAGAGCGCCUUCCGGGGCGCGCUGGCCCGGCGCCGCGCGGUGGCGGCGGCCGCGGACCGCGACGACGUCGCCGCGCGCGCGUCCGUCGCCGUCAACGAGGCGCACCUCGAGGCCGAGGUCGUCACCGUGCGCCGCGUCGCGCGCGGCGGCAACUCGGCGCAGCAGCAGCGGCGCCGCGGGCGGCUGAGCGCGCUGCUGCGGCGCGUCGUGCCCGGCGGGCGGCCGGCGCCGGAGCCGGCGAUCCCGACGGCCGAGGUCGCGAUCCCGGAGGCGCCGCUCUUCGCGGACGUCGCGCGCGUCGAGUCGUUCCGCUUCGACCGCGACGGCUCCAUCUCGGCCUUCCCCAUCGCUCUGGCCGUGCCCGUCGCCGGCGGCCCCGCGCCCGCGCCGCGGCCAUCCGCGCCGCGGCCGUCGGCGCCGCCCGUGCCGUCCGCGCCGCCGCCGCCGCCGCUGACGCCCGCGGAUCGCGACGAGGAGGUCGGCCGCGUGCUGUCCGCGCUCGAAAGUUCGCCGCCGCCGCCGCCCCAGGCGACGCCGCCGAGGCAGCGCGCGCCGCCGCCCGCGCCGCCGCCGCCCGCGCCGGGCCGGCCCCUCGACGAGGGCCGCGCGGCGACGCUCGCGCUACUGGCGUCGAACUCGGGCGCCGUCGCCGCGCGGCGCGGCGCCGUCGCGCUCCUGGGCGACAGCGUCGCCGCCGCGGGCGUCGCGGACGACGCCGCGGGCGUCGGGGCCCUGCUCGCGCUCGUGCGGCCGCUCUACGACGAGGACGUGUCCGUCCGCGUGGAAGCGGUGCGCUGCGCGGCGCUGUUGGGGUCCCUGGACCUGGCCCACUUCGCCAUGGACGACGAGGCGCCGCCCGUGCGGCGGCGCGUCCUCGCCGCGCUCGCCGAGGACGGCGCCUUCGAGGCCGGCGUGCUCCGCGACGCCGCGACGGCGCUCCGGCGCCGGUUUUCGCUCGCGGUGUCGCUCAUGAAGGCGCUCGAGGACGUGAGCCUGGAGGAGGGCGUGCUGUUGGGCGUCGCGGCGAAGCUGCGCGGCACGCUCCUCGCGCUGCCGGCGCGCCGGCCCGCGCUGUUGGCCGCGCCGCUCGAGAAGGGCAUGCAGGCGCAGCGGUCCGAGAGCGUCCGCGAGGCGCUCGUGGCCGUCGCGGGCGAGCUCCGCGCCGUCGACAGCCUGCGGCGCAUCGCUAUUUUCGACAGCUCGACGGCCGUGCGGCGCCGGGCCGUCGACGCGCUCGGCGCGAACGGCGCGCUCUCGGAAUUGCGGGAGCUGGUCUUUUCGGGCGACGACGACGCGGGCAUCCGCGGCGAGGCGCUCCACUGGAUGGCGCGGCUGGACGAUUUAGACGGCAUCUGCCGCCGGGGCUUCAACGACCGCAACGCGGAGCUGCGGGCGUCGGCCGCGCGGCUGCUGGGGGAUGUGGCGGUGAGGAGGUCGCAAGGCAGCACAGCACAAACCGCGGACGCGCUCGCGGCGGCGACGGAGCUCCCCUGCGGCGCGCCGGCCAUGCCCGAGCGCGUCGAUGACGUCCAGUAUCUCCCCUUCGACGCCGUGCCGCGCUGCGGGCCCUGGUACGGUGCGGCCGUCGACGCGCUGCGGACCGCGGCGCGGCGCGACGGCAACGUCGGCGUCCGCGCGGCGGCUUUGGCCCAGCUCGCGCGGCUGCGGGCCGUGCCCGAGCUCGCCGUCGGCCUGAGCGACGCCCACGCGCCGACGCGGCUGCGCGUCAUCGCCGCGCUGGGGAGCCUCGGGGCCCACGCGGAGGAGCACCGCUGCGUCGGUCCGCUCGAGCGGGCCCUGGCGUCCGACGGCGACGCGAAAAAUCGGGGCGCGGCGCUCGAGUGCCUGGGGGAGCUCGGCGACCCGGCGGAGGCGCUGGACCGCGUCGCGACGCGCGACGGCGACGUCGACAACCGCCUCCGGGCCGUCGCGUGGCUGGGCACUUUGGGGCGCGCGAAGACGCUGCGGUGCGUUUGUUUGGUCGACGGCGGGCCCGCCGUGCGGUCGCUGGCCGCGGCGACGCUCGGCGAGGUCUUCCGGCGGCAGAACUUCGCGGGCCCGGAGGUCGCGGCGCUCAAGGCGGCGCUCGCGGUGCGCCUCGGCGACGCGGAGCGCGCCGUGCGGAAAGCGGCGGCGGCGGCUUUGGACUCCGUGAGCCGCGAGCGGCGCUGGCGCGACGUCGUCCAGGGCGACGCGGGCGACUGCGGGCGCUUGCUGCUGGUGCCCGGGCCCAAGGCGACGGCCGUGUUGGUGUCCGUGCUCUGCGACGCGCGCGACCUGGAGGACCGGGGGCGAGCCGCGGACGCGCUCGGCGACCGCGACGACUGCCCGAAAUUGGUCGUCGACGCGCUCUGCGCGUCCGCGGGCGCCGUCGCCGCGCUGCCGGCGGCCCUGCGCCUGGCGGCGCUGCGGGCGCUGCGCAAGCAGGCGGGCAAGUACGACGGGUCCGCGCGGGAGCUCGACGCCGCGCUCACGGCGGCGCUCGACGACGCGGACCACGCGGACGCGCGCGUCGCGGCGGCGGACGUCGUCGGCGCGACGGCCUGCGGCGGGGCGUGCCUGAAGCGGGGGCUGCUGCGCCUCGUGGCGCGCGACCCGUCGCCGGACGUCCGCGCCGCGUGCGCGUUCAAUUUGAGGCCCUUCGGCACCGACGAGGCCGCGGGCCGCGCGCUCCUGGGCGCGCUGGGCGACAAGGACGUGUCGACGCGCGACGCCGCGGCGCAGAGCUUCGGUGGGUUCGUCGACGCGCCCUUCAAGCGCGACCUGGCCCGGUCCGUCGCCGCGCGGUUGCGCGCGAAGCCGGGCACGCUCGCGGGAGGGCCCGCGGACGCCGCGGACUGCCGCGCGUACGAGCGCGUCGUGCGCGCCGCGGCGGCGCGCGCGCUCGGCGCGCUCCAGGAGGACGACCUGGCCGUGGACGCGCUCCACGACGCUUUGCGCCUCGACCGCGAGCCUUUGGUGAAAAGGGCGGCGUGCGCAGCGCUCGGGUGUCUGCGGCACCCGCGGUCCCUCAAGCCCCUCCUCGCCCCCCUGCGCGACAAGAAGGACGCGACGCUGGCCGAGGCCGCGCGGGCGGCGCUGGAAGGGUUGGACUACGCGAAGCUGCCGGCGAUCAAGCGCGACGAGCGCGUGCUCCUCCACGGGCCCAUCUUCAAGCGCAAGCAGAAGCUCUGGACCCAGCUCAAGGCGCUGGUGCUCACGGACGCGCCGCGGCUCUUUUACGUGGACGCGGACUCUUUGAAGUGCAAGGACUGCGACCUGCGGACGCUCGAGGUCGACGCGCCGGAGUCGAAGCGCGCGGCGACCAAGGACCUGGCCAUCGUCGUGCCGGGCCAGGGCCGCGUGCGCGUGUCGCUGCUCUUCGGGCUCGCGCGGGACUGGACGAGGGCCGCGGGCGACGCGCUCGCGGCCCUCGCGACGCCGCCGUCGCCCCACGUCGUCGUCACGCCGCCGCCCGCGUCGUACCGCGCGCCGUCGCGGCGCCUCGACGCGCCGGACGACGACGGCGACGGCGACGACGCCGCGCGGCGCCACUCGUCGCCGCGCGCGCGGCCGCCGCCGCCGCCGCCGGGCCCGCCGCCGGACGACGUCGUCCGCGCGUCCCACGACCGGCACUCCGUCGUCGUCGCCCGGAGCCAGGCCAUCGUCGACGAGGGCGCGCCGCCCAUCCGGGACGUCGUGCCCAUGAGACGAGGAUGGAACUAAGUUUUACGUCGCG